UGAUGCGCAGCGCGAGCUCGCCUGGACCUCGUCAGACCAGAAAAACCAGCUAGCGUAGGAACUACAGCGCAGCCGUCGUACAGUAGAACACAGUGGUGUUGCAACCUUGCGUGGUACUGCUCUCUCGGGAACAGAAAUCUUUUUUUAAGGUUUUGAUUUCCCCGUUUCUUUCUUUUUUUUUUCUUUUUAAAGCGUCGUUUUGUCUGUUCGGUUCACGCUGAACUCUUAAAUCUCCUUAACGUCUUCCUCCUAUUCCUUCGGUCCCUCUACUUGUACCUGACAUUCACUUUGCUGGCUGGACUAUGCCUUCUUGUGUGGCGGCAGCUGGGGAUCGGCCAGGUUGCGGAGUCUCACCUGGGAAGGUGUGAUGCAGACGAGUCCGCGGGGGCGCACAGACAUUCCUAAAGAUGAAAUCUGCAACUUUCUCCACCUCCACCACCAACACCACCCAGUCUCCGGCCACUACAAAGUCCAAAGAGAACAUUCUCAUCCAGAGCUCUGGGGCCAUGAUUGCAGUCAUAGUCAUUGGGAUCAUCAUUAUACUCACAAUAUUGCUGAUCAUACUGAAGACCUACCACAGGUGUACCAAAACGUCUCGCGUGUUGCGGGGUGGGCCCAAGAGUCGUACAAAGUCCUCCUCCACCGUUCAUACCAACAUGCACUUUGGACCACGCGGCCCCAACUCGCAGUCCAGCAGCGUCGCACAAGCGCGCAGCACUAUGGGAAACGGCUUCCAGCUUCCACGAGCCGAAGUACCCAACCAUGCCCAAAACAGUAUGGAGCAGCUCAGUACGAUUAGCGAUUCCACGGUGGUGACCAUACACAAUGCCCCGCCGCUGGAGAACACAUAGCGAGGCUCCGGGAUCAGACGAGACAUUUGGUAGAGACGUAAAAAAAUAGCUGGAAUGGACCAGCGUUGAAAGACGCUAAACACUACGGGCGGCCCCGACGCGCACAUCCUGCGCAGGGAAUCUCGACUUCUCCGCUCCACUGAGGAUUUGCUGCUAGAAGAGACGCGACCCCUGUUGAUGCAGCAUCAUCAAUCGGCGAUGUGUCAAAUCCUUGGUCACAAGUAUGGCCGCCUAGAUUGGGAAAAACAAGACAUUAUAGACCAAGAACAGAACCCAUCCAUUUUUUUUUACUUGUGUAAAUACUCCCUUUGCAAGUUGAAGGGAACGCAGUGCGUUAGCUCAGACAGGCUGUAUAAACUAUGUUCAGAAGCUGAAUGACUGAAAUGUAUCAGAAGUAGACCUAUCAACAAUGCGUUGGAUUUCUUGACAACAAAUACCUUUUCCAUUCUUUUGUGCAUCUGUCAGCUGAUGCUCUCUCUUGUUUUGCUCUUUGAAAUGUCGUCCCAUUGUUUAAAAAAAAUGCUAAGGAAUGUUUUUCCGGGUUGUUGCUAACAAAGAAUAAAAAAUAAAAAUGCAAAAAGAG